AUGCCGCUUCAUCAAUAUGAUUAUGUCUUGGCGAUCGGUACAAUGUUCGCCGUCCUUGAUGCGUACAACAACGGUGCUAACGAUGUUGCCAACGCUUGGGCGACCUCGGUCUCGUCGCGCUCUGUCUCCUACAGGCAAGCAAUGAUCUUCGGCACCAUCUUCGAGAUGCUCGGUGCCAUCACCGUCGGUGCUCGUACUGCCGACACAAUCAAGAACGGUAUUAUUCCCAACUCGGCCUUUAGGGGUGACGCAGGUGUUCAGAUGCUUGCCUUUACCUGCGCCCUCGUCGCCGCUUCUUCUUGGGUCAUGUGGUGCACGCGCCACUCCGCUCACGUCUCUUCAACCUACUCGCUCAUUUCCGCCGUCGCUGGCGUUGGUAUUGCCACUGUCGGAGCUAAGAACGUUCGGUGGGGCUGGUACGGGGGCAAGGGCCUCGGUGCCAUCUUUGCUGGUCUCGGAAUGGCGCCUGCUGCGGCAGGCUGCUUCGGUGCCAUCAUUUUCUCUUUGAUUCGCCUUGUCGUCCACGUUCGUCGCAACCCCGUCAAGUGGGCUGUCUUCACAUCUCCUGUCUGGUUCCUUGUCGCUGGAACCAUCUGCACCCUGUCCAUUGUCUACAAGGGCUCGCCUAACCUUAAGCUCAACAAGAAGCCCGGUUGGUACAUCGCCUCGGUCACCCUUGGUGUCGGCUUUGGUCUCGCACUUCUCUCGGCUCUCACCUUUGUUCCUUACCUUUACUGCCUUGUCAUCAACAAGGACAAGGACAUUCGCUGGUACCACAUGUUCCUGGGCCCUCUCAACUUCAAGCGUCCCCGCCCCGAGGGCGAGGACAACCAGGCUCGUGUCCGUGACUACGCUGUUGUUCAGCACGACGCGGACUUUGCCGAUGAGAAGACCCUCGCUGGUGUCGAGUCCCCCGACGAUGAAGCUUUCAAGCAGCUCCCUCCUGCCGCCCUUGACGGUACCCCCAACAUCAUGACCACCCCUGCCACACUUGUCGGCCGUGAGAGCCAGCAGCUUUCGUACCGCGAGAUCAUGGCCCGCAACGAGGAGCGCUUCCACGCCAAGCUCCGCAAGAAGCGCGGUCCUCUCGGCUGGGCGAUGCGCACUCUGCACGAGAACCCCAUCGGCAAGGGCGAGAUCUACGAGAGGCACAACAUCAUUGCUUUCAUCAAGCGUAUCCCUGCCUACGUCGUCUGCGGUGCUCUGUACGGUCUUCACUACGACAUCCACGCUGCCCAGUCCGGUGUCUCGGGUACCCCGGAGGGUGAUCGCAUGGAGCGCGUCUACAGCCACGCCAAGAAGUACUCCAACGAGGUCGAGCACACCUACUCCUUCGUCCAGGUCCUCACCGCUUGCACUGCCUCCUUCGCCCACGGUGCCAACGACAUUGGCAAUGCCGCCGGUCCCUGGGCCGUCAUCUACACCGCCUGGAAGACCGGCAACGCCGCGGCUGCCAAGGCUCCCGUUCCCAUCUGGCAGCUCGUUUUCCUUUCGGCCACCAUCUCCCUUGGCCUGGUGACUUACGGCUACAACAUUAUGAAGGUCAUGGGCAACAAGAUCACUUACCACUCGCCCUCGCGUGGUUGCUCGAUGGAGAUGGGCGCGGCCAUCACCGUCCUCGUCUUCUCGCAGUACUCGCUUCCUGUCUCCACCUCCAUGUGCAUCACCGGCGCCACCGUCGGUGUUGGUCUCUGCAACGGUACCCUCAAGGCCGUCAACUUCCAGCGUAUCGGCCUCUUGGUGUUGGCCUGGAUCAUGACCAUCCCCGUCGCAGGUACCAUUGCCGGUGUCCUCAUGGGCAUCGUCCUCAACGCUCCUCACUUCAAGGUUUAA